GCACUUGUUCCUCCUGUUGAACGAAACCUUCGAGUCUCUGCUUUCCACUUCAAGCUGCAGAGAGAUUUGCUGUCGCUCCUGUACGUUUGUUGGAGAUAAACACCGAGCCUCUUCUCGUUCGUGCCACUUUAUUUCAUCAGCCGGUACUGUGGGAGACGUAACUCGGAAAACAAAAAGGCAGAAGUAUAUAUGAGGAAGAUUUGGGGAGAGCGUUUCUCCCUCCGGCCUCCGAUGGCCCUCCUGCGAGCUCCGUCCGUCCAGGCAUGACCGUCACCCCCGCCACAUCCAGCCCCGCACCUGCUUCCUCUUCUCACGGCGGCUCCAGCCGCAGAUCUGGUCCGGCGCAGAUGGACGAGAGCGAUGGCCUGCGGUCGAGGCUCGCCUCCGAGGACUCGCUGGCGUUGGCUUCCUCCUUGGCCGAGCCAAUCAACCUGGAAGACUCCCAUUACACUCUGCUGCGAGGCGAGCUCGAGGCCGACGCCCAGAGUCUGGAGGCGGAGUCCUGGAGCCUCGCUGUGGACCCCAGCUUCCUGCGCUCCCUGAACAAAGAGGCCAUCAAAAGACAGGAUGUCAUCUAUGAGUUGAUCCAGACGGAGAUGCACCAUGUCCGCACCCUAAAAAUCCUCAUGCACGUGUACAUGCAUGAGCUGAGGCAGUCUCUGCUGAUGGACGAGGCCAAGCUGGAGCGGCUCUUCUUCGGCGUGGGGACGCUGCUCAGCCUCCACCACAUCUUCUUCACCUCCCUCAAAGAGGAACAGAGCCGGAGUCAGGAGGAAGGAAGCCCGAAUGCUUACCACAUCACACAGCUGGGAGACGUCCUCAUCUCGCAGUUUUCAGGUGCGACCGGGGAACAGAUGAUUGAGUGCUACAGUUCGUUUUGCAGCCGUUCCAAAGACGCCAUCAGCUUCUACAAAGACCAGAUGCAGAACAACAAGAAGCUGCAGAUCCUCAACAGAAAAAUCGGUCAGCUGCCGUUGGUGCGGCGGUUGGGAAUCCCUGAAUUAUUUUUGUUGGUGACUCAGCGCAUCACAAAGUAUCCCGUCCUGGUGGAGCGAAUCAUCCAGAACACCGAGGCCGACACAGAUGAGCACCGGUCUCUGGUGGAAGGUCUGGGCCUGAUCAAAGACACCAUCACGCAGGUGGACUCCCGGGUCAGCGAGUACGAGAAAGCUGCUCGCCUGAGAGAGAUCGCCCUGCGCCUGGAGUCCAAACCCCCGGGUCGGCUGAAGGACGACCGGCUGCUGCGGAGGGAGGAUCUGAUCCAGGGCAACAGGACGCUGCUGCACGAAGGCCCGGUCACCUGGAAGUCCUCUGGCAGACAGAAAGACGUCCACGCCGUGCUGCUGACAGACGCCUUGCUCCUCCUGCAGGAGAAAGACCAGAAGUUUGCAUUUGCUGCUGUGGACAACAAGCCCCCGGUGGUCUCCCUGCAAAAACUCAUCGUCCGUGAAGUGGCCCACGAAGACAAAGCCAUGUUCCUGAUCUGUACCUGCACCUCCAGCCUGCCCGAGAUGUACGAGAUCCACACGGGCUCCCGGGAGGAGCGCGCCAACUGGACCAGCCUCAUCCGGGGCGCGGUGGAGUGCCACCGCGAGGAGACGAUGUACCACCAGCAGAUCGCCAGGCUGCAACAUUUCCAAGACAUCCUGAAGGAGCGAGACGACCUGAUAAAACACGCCCUGGAGGAGAAGCAGCAGAUCUUUGCUGCUCUCUAUAAGGACGUGACGGAGCAGGAACCCCCCCGAAAAGGCCUGCUGCUCCGAGGAGACGCAGCCGACCUCCAGCAGGGGGAGACGCUGCUCAUCGGAGCCAUCGACGAGGUGGAGAACCUGCAGAACCUGCUCUUCCUGAGGUUAAAAGACAACGGCCUUCACCUGGAUGAGAGAACGAAGCAGGAAGUGCCGAACUGGACGGCCCACACCUUCGCAGACUCCGGUCCGAACCCGGCGGCUCACGCUCUGAACGAUGGAGAAGCUGUGGACCUGUCAGGUGAAAGUGUGGAGAUCCCAGUGUACCGGAGUCACUCAGGUAUCAACCACACGCUGCAGGAAAUGGACUCUGAAGGCCCGGAACAGUCGGCUGAUGACGAACCCGACUCCGCUUCACUAGCCAACGUUAACUCAGCAUCCAGUCAUUUCCCCGAAGCUGAGGUGUAUGACAGCGUGAUCCUGCUGGCACAGAGGCUCUACAGCUUACAAACAAUCGUGGCGCACCAGGACAGCCGGAUCGAGCUGCAGAGCGCCCUCCAGUCCAAGAGCAAGCAGUCCGCUCGCAACUACAGCAACGUGCUGCUGGAGCAGGAGAAGCAGCGCAACCUGGAGAAGCAGAAGGAGGAGCUGGCCACCCUGCGCAAGCUGCAGGCUCAGCACCGGGAGGAGCAGCAGCGCUGGGAGAAGGAGCGCGAGCAGCAGAGGCUCCAGAUGGAGGCUCUGGAGGCACAGCUGCAGCAGAGGGAGGAGGACUGCCGGAGGCGGGAGGACAAGCUGAGCAGCGAGAAGGCCGAGCUGGAGAGGCAGCGGGAGAGCUACCAGCAGGACCUGGAGAGGCUGCGCGAGACCACGCAGUCGGUGGAUAAGGAGAAGGAGCGCCUCAGUCAGGAGAGGGAGCGGAUGGACAAGCUCAAGUCCAAGCUCAUGCCGAGCGCCGGAAACUACGACGACCCCGCACACGCCUGGAGCCUCUCCAGUAACCCGUCGUUCAGGGGAAGCGUCGUGAACGGAGGCGUUUCCCGAACUCCGACCGCUAAACACUCCUCCGGCCCCCUGGAGGUUCCUCCAAAGGUUCCCCCGCGCAGGGAGAGCAUCAGCCCCCAGCCGGCCAAGCCGGAGCUGCCCAUCCACCUGAUCAGCACCACCAACCAGGUGCACAAACCGGCCAGCGUGCAGCAGCAGAUCCCCACCAAGCUGGCCGCUCUGUCCAAGGGGAAGGAGAAGGGCUUCAAGGCCAAGGCCACCCACCAGAGGACGCACAGCGCAGCCUCCAUCGACGUGAACCAGGUGAUUCCCAUCCGGGUGACGGGGAAAGAAGGAGGCAGUCUGAGAGCCACGAGGACCUCCAGUCCUCAGAGGAUCUCACACUCCGAGACGUUCAGAGCUCCGGGCUCUGCCCAGCGUGUGAAGGUGUCUCAGUCAUUCAGCACGAGCAAGCAGAGCGGCAGCGACAGCCGCCCGCCGGCACCGCCUCCUUUCCCCAAAGAAGUCUUGGAAAAAAAAAAAAGCGAGGGAGAUCUUCCUUUAGCGGUGCACGUCUGCAGGCGGAGGCUCCUGUCCGACGAAGAGGCGGGGGACCGCUGCGGGAAACAAGGAAAACAUCAAAAACUGUAAAAACAAAGGCCUCUCUGUAUUUUUGAGGAACAUGCUGUUGUAAAUCUACAUUUUAUCGCCAAACAAGUUCCUUUUUUGUAAAUUUAUUUUUUAAGAGUAGGUGGACUUUGCACUUGUUAAAGUGAUGAACUGGGUGUGAGGAUGUUUACAUCGAUCUCGAGUCGGUUUUUUAACUCACUCAUGGAGCAUUUAAAGUGGAGGAAACUUUAACUUCAUGUUCACAAUGUUCUCUGGUAUAAUCACGCUGACUGCCGUUUCCUCCCCCUUCCAUGUAAAAUAUUUAUCACAUUCCACUGAGUAAAGAUAAGGUUGAUUUUACUGUUUCAGUC